UGGAAACUUAAAAAAAUAUGGAUAACAAUGUAUUUGAUGAAAAUUUGAAAGGAAAAGAUCCAGAGCAGAGGCGUUUGAUGGAAGAAAUAUGCAUUUUAGUUAAUGAGAAUGAUGAAAUUAUUGGAUUUGAAACAAAAAAAAAAUGCCAUUUAUUAAAAAAUAUCAAAAGAGGAAUGCUUCAUAGAGCGUUUUCAGUGUUUUUAUUCAAUGAAAAUGGACUUUUACUGCUUCAAAAACGGGCAAAUGAAAAAAUUACAUUUCCAGGAUUAUGGACAAAUACAUGUUGUUCACAUCCACUUUAUAUUCAUUUGGAGUAUGGAAGGACAUCAGAGGAAUCUAUUGAGGGAGUUAAACGUGCAGCACAACGAAAACUUUUUCACGAAUUAGGAAUUACAGCAAACCAAGUUCCAUUGGAAAAAUUUUCAUAUUUAACAAAAAUUCAAUAUUCAGCGCAAAGUGAUGAAGUCUGGGGAGAAAAUGAAAUUGAUUAUAUUUUAUUUAUUCAAGCAAAUGUUGACCUGAAACUUAAUGCAAACGAAGUAGAAACAGCACGAUAUGUUAGACAAAUUGAUCUUCGUGAAAUGUUAACUUCUAAAGAUUUUAAAUUUACACCAUGGUUUCAACUAAUUUGUCGUUCAUUCAUGUUUUUUUGGUGGGAUAAUCUUAACAAUCUUAGUGCUAUAAAAAAUCAACAUGCUAUUAUUCGAAUGUGAUUGAUUCAUCCAAUAUUUUACUAUUAUCAAAAACA